ACACUUCAGGCAGGUAUUAUGCUUCAUUGUCAAAUUAUUUUGGUAAUUUCUUUGUCCUCUACAAGUCUUUUGGUCAUAGUUUGCAGUCAAUAAGUAAACGUGCCUUUUAAAGAGCUAGUCAAAGUUCCAAGUAAUAAUAGUUUGAGCAUGUUAACGGCGAUGCAUAGUUGAUGACUAGUUUUAAGACUAGUUGGACAAUGUGUGUGCUAUGACUACAUGUAACAUGUUGUUUUGUUCUUUGCAGGUCGUGAACCAGUGCUGCAGACACCACAGCACACAUGUCCUCUGUCAGUAAUUCAACACUUUUUACUGCGGCACAUCUGGAACCCACUGGUUAGUGUUUGCUCAGCUACUUUUACGGCUCUCCCCAAAGAUGGAUUUGGAACCAUCAUUUUACGCUGCCCCCUUUGCCUGCACUGACUUUUGGAAGAAGCAUCAGUGUAGCUGCUGGUGAGAGUCCCAUCAAAAGGCCCAGGAUGCCAGGAUGCCCAUCACUCAGGACAACGCCCUCAGCAUCCUACCUUUGCUGGAGGACUGGCAGGGGGAACAGAGCACAAGAUCACAACAGGAGUGCAACCUGAUCCAGGUCGUGUCCUGUCACAGGCAUGUGGAUCAAGACUCCAACCAAAAUGGAGAAAGGGACAGUGUGUGCAGCAGCAGCAGUGCUGUCAGUCUCAACACAGAGGACAUGUCACUGUGUCUGGCUGCUAUUCAGAAGUUGGUGGCAUACAUUAGGUUCAACUUCAUGGAGGAUGACGUCACCCUGUCAGUCAGCCCAUCAGCCAGCCCAUCCUCCUGCAGAGAGAACUUAGAUCUGGAGGUACGUGCCUUAUGCCUUAACAAAGAUGAGGGGGACACCUCCGAGUUCGGCCUCAGCUUUGGGAAUAUUCCGAUUUUUGGAGACCCUGAUGGGAGAAAGAAGGGUGGACCAAGGAGGAGACGGGACCAGGGUCCUAUCAUGGACGUGGGCUGCAUCUGGGUGACUGAGGUGAAGAAGAAAAGCCCAGCCUCCAGAUGUGGGAAUAUCAAACUGAGAGAUGAAGUGCUGUCACUGAACGGGCAGCUCAUGGUGGGGGUAGAUGUCAAUGGGGCAAGCUACCUGGCUGACCAGUGUUGGAAUGGAGGUUGUAUCUACAUAGUCCUGCUGCGGCGAGUUAAACGAAAGGCUCCUCUUCCUCCUUGUGAAGUCCUAAAUGGCAGUGGCUUUACCCCCAUGGGCUGUGACAGCAGUGAGCGCCAGCUACCAGUUAGAGCUGUACCUGGGCCCUGUGAGGCUUCAGUGAACGGCAAACGAACGCGAAAGUUUGGCGUCAUAUCUCGGUCGUCUUUUACUCGGGACAACAGGGACAGCACAGACUCGGAGGUCCAGGGCUGCUACAAUGGUUACAGCUCAUCUGUUUCCACUGACCCGGAGGUCAGCACUCAGGGCUAUGACUCCAGCUGUAUCCCCUCAACCCGGACAUCAAUAAAUGAAAGUCCUGACAACUUUCCUCAGGUGACAACGGUGUUUCACCGUCAGCACAGUAGAGGAACUGGCACCCUGCCUGUCAGGUGUCACAGUCAGCUGUUGGAAAGCAAAAUGGAUUCAUUCAGCAGUGAACCUUCGACCCAGCCCAGAGAAGGCAGCUACAUCUGGAAGAUGCACAUGGUGAAAGGUCAAGAGGGCCUGGGUAUACAGAUCACAGGGGGUCGAGGCUCCAGGCGCUCUCCUCAUGGCAUCAUUAUAGCUCACAUAGAAGAGGGUGGAUCCAUUCACAGGGAUGGCCGUCUCCAUGCAGGUGAUGAGUUGCUGAUGAUCAAUGGUCAGUCUCUCGUGGGUCUCACUCAUCAGGAGGCUGUAGCUAUCCUCCGCUCCACCACCGGUCUGGUCCAGCUGGUGGUGGCCAGCAGGGAGGAGUCAGACGUUGGAUUCGAUCGCUUCCCCUCCACCAGUCUGCCAGACCUGGUCAGCACCUGCGGUUGCUCGUCAGCACUCUCUCACUCUUCUUUCCCUCACCCACCCCAGACCUCCAGCAGCAGCACAAGUCUUCACAACAUUUUCCCGGUGACAAACCUGGAGAAACUAGAAGAGCAAAGUCCAGCGGAGGCUCCAAAAGGAUCCUGCAGCAGCCCCGUACCCACCAAGCUCAGCGGUCGGUCCCAAGGCGGGAGCAGUCGUUUGGAGUCUGUGGGCGAAGACGACGAGCUCUUUGUAGCGAACGGUGUGAGCAGCUGCGAAAAAGCAGACAAACCUCCGCCUGGUCGACGUAAACACUCUCUACCUCAACAACUAGAUACAACUGGAGUGAGACAGGAUUAUCAGAUCAUUAAGAAAUCAGCUCGCUCCCUGAGCACUGUUCAAGUGGAGUCUCCAUGGCGCCUGGCACAGCCAUCCAUUAUCUCCAGUAUAGUGCUGAUGAAAGGCCAGGGCAAGGGUUUGGGAUUUAGCAUUGUUGGUGGACAGGACUCCGCUCGGGGUCAGAUGGGGAUUUUUGUCAAAACCAUCUUUCCUCAUGGAGCAGCAGCAGCUGAUGGGCGACUGAAAGAAGGAGAUGAGAUUCUAGAAGUGAAUGGAGAAUCUCUCCAAGGUCUCACUCAUCAACAGGCCAUCCAGACAUUUAAGCAAUUGAAGAAAGGCGUCGUGACCCUGACAAUCCGAACACGUCUGCGUAGUCCCAGCCUCACCCCUUGUCCCACUCCAACCCUCCUGAGCCGCUCCAGCUCACCCAACUCUAACACCAGUGGGGGUACGCCCGUGCCCUCAGGGUCAGAGGAACCUGAUGGACGUAAAGGCCCAGGUCCGAAAGACUGCAUCAUCAUGGAGGUCACACUAACUAAAGAACCUGGUGUCGGUCUGGGCAUUGGAGUCUGCUGUCUGACCCUGGACAAUUGUGCUCCUGGCAUCUACAUCCACAGCCUGGCUCUGGGAUCUGUGGCCAAGUUAGACAGCAGACUCAGUCGUGGUGACCAGAUCUUGGAGGUGAACUCGGUCAGUCUUCGUCACGCUGCACUCAGUGAGGCCUACGCCAUCCUCAGUGAAUGUGGACCAGGUCCAGUCAGUCUCAUUAUCAGCAGGCAUCCCAAUCCCAAGGUGUCAGAGCAGGAGAUGGAUCUGAUUAUAGCUCGGUCAACUCACAGGGACAAAAUGAGCCGAAACAGAAACUCUCAAGGUCAGUCCUGUAAAAGUCCCUGUCUGUCCAUGAAGGAUAGACAAGGAAGUGGUUCCCCUGCUCUCAGCUGGACCAUGAAGAGAUUCCUGGAGCCUGCCAGCAGAGGCUCCCUGAGCUCAGAGGCAGAGUUGUCUCAGUACUUCUCCCAGGACAUGUCCAAUCACUCUUUCAUGUCCGACUCUAUGCUGAUGAGCAUGAACAACGACAAUGGUGUCCACCAGCAGAGCUGCCGGACCUCUAUGGACGACAACACGACACGCGCACAUGUCAACAGAGAACUUUCCCUCAACCAUCAUAAAGAAAAGCCUCUGCCACCCACCACCGUUGCCUCCAGCCCUUCGUCAGUGCGUAGCCCUCUCCUCCGUCAGAGGAGGGUGAUGUGCUUCGACGACGAGCUGAGUGAUAACGAUGAGUCGGAAAUGACUGGAAAUACAGUACACUCAAGCACAAGAGUAAAAUCUGUCACUAUUGAAGCAAGUGAAGCUCAAAAAGACGACAUCUCCAAAGCGGAUCACAUAGUUGGGGUUCCUACCUCGACUACAUCAUCUUUAGACGUGGAUGGAGACAGCGAGGAUGGUAGAGAUCUGCAGAGGUGUGAAAGCAAUGAGGCCUCUUCGCCGCUCAGUGACCGUCCCUCAAGGCGGGCAGAUGGUGGAAGCAUUAAAUCACCUGGUUCUGAGUCACCCUUCAUGCCUAUUCACUGCCCGUUUGAAGAAAAAGCAAGAGUGGUGAUUAGUGCAGGCCCUGUGUCCACCAACCUAACCAUCUGUAACAACAACCAAACCAACCAAGAUGACGCACAGGUGGAAUCAAAGCGCUCUCCCAAACUGGAGCAUAAAGCAGUGACACGGGUGAAGAGUAUGAUGAGCAUUGAAGCACCAAACCUCUGCCUGCAGCAGAAGUCCAAAGGUGAGGAGCCUGCUCCGUCUCAGGAGCUAGCGUCUUCCACUCAGUCUGGAAGGAAGCCAACAGUGGUCAGUGGUUCGAUGCCUCAUCAACACUGCAAGAAGGGAGACGUAAGCGAGCUGGCAGGCAUCUGCACCAUCGACACUGUGACCCUAAUAAGAAGCACAGAUGAGUCCUUUGGGCUUGACCUGGAGAUCCUGUCGUCCCCUCUGAAAGUUAUCAUCACUGGGUUAAAGCCCGGAGGUGCAGCAGAACGAGGGUUUUCUUCACAGCUCUAUCCUGGAGAUGAGAUUGUCAAACUUGGGGAGAGGUUGGUUUGCUCUUCUACUUAUCAGGAAAUCUGUGACAUGAUGUACAACCUUCCUUUGACACUGACCCUGGAGGUCAAGAGACCAGUAUCAGCUGUAGAUCAUCUUUCCAGUUUGAUGAUGUCAUCAGGGAGCAGUGAUGGAAACAUCAGACUGAACACUCCCAGAUGUUCACAGGGGAUAUCUGAUCAAAGAGUAGAUUUAGAAGGCAGUGCGGAUAAUUGCACCUACACACCACAAACAGAGUCUGACCUUCAGUUCCCCGUCACCCAUAUAGAGGACGUUGUAGUGGACGUUCUUCCUGUGGAAACCACGCAUGUGACGAAACCAGCAGAAAACACUAACUGUAAAAGUAUGUACCCCUUAGAAGACGACAGCGAUGAGGAAAGUGACUCUGAGGGCUCGCUGAGGGUCAGUAAGACCAAGAGCACAAAGAGUGGUGAAUGGUAUUCACCACACCAAUAUUCAUCCUCAGAUGAGGAGGAGGUGGAGAUUUGUUCACGUGAUGAGGAGCAGAAACAUGCUGCUAGUGCUGGACCCAUGGAUUCAAACCAGGCCCCUUACAGGAUGUCACCAUCAGUACUGGCUCAGACCUCUGAGGUGAAUCAUGUCACUGAAGAGGUCAUAGGUCAACCUCUCACCUGUACCACACUUGUGUCUUCUACACAUCCUGGUGAUGACAGUGCCAUUGAAUCAUUACAACCAUCUAAAGAACCAGUUUCACCGAUACCUUUCAGCAUCAACAGGAACACUUCCCCAGCCUACGGUGACUCAGUCAUUCACAGUCCAUCAGCUGAUUUACCUUCAGAUUCUUCACAAAAUUUGAAUAGGCUUUUCUCACCUUCCACUGACAUGGAAUGUACACAAGUCAAAAGAUCAGAUGACAUGUUAUCCUCAGCUUCUGUUGCCAAAACUACUUCAACCUCCCAUGUAAGGUCUACACUCAUGGAGACCUUCGUCCUUGAUGAUCAUAACAGUCCUCAACAAAGUUCUGCCCUCCAUUUUCAGAACAAACCUCAAGGUAAAGUGAACCCAGCUGCUCCUGAUUUCAGCAGCAUCUGUGAAAAUAUUGAGAACAAACAAACAAAGGAGGAGCUCGUACAAAAAACUUCCCAGACUGAGAGUCCACUCACUUCCAACACUGUUGUGACCUUAAGUCUGGAAACCACAACUCCAACAUUGGUAGAUGUCUCCAAGGACCACAAUGUGAACAGUGACAUUGAUUUUCCCAAAGUAUGUGAUGAAGGACAAGAUGCAUCAGAAAACAUGAUGGUGGGCUGUACCUUAGAAAUGCUGCAGGCAGACAACAACAAGGGAAUCAGUUUAGGUUUAAAACCAACACCCAAUCAAGCACAAUCACUCCCACCUUCAACUCAGAGAACCUUCAUCGAAGUUCAACUGCUGCCUUUGUCUUCUUUGUCCUCAUCAAUCCUGCCUCACAAUCAAUCUGAAUUUUUUUCAAAAUCCAAUCAAACUGCAGAUUUGAAUGAAACACCAGUGCCUUCACUUGACUCUCCUUCUGAGGAAAGAACAAAACUCACGAUGUGCAACACUCUGUGUUCUACUAAAGACACUAACCCAACCACAGUCAUGAGCUCAAAUGGCUCAAAUCAAUUGACUCCUCUAAAGUCCGGCUUGUCCAGACUGUACGUGAAGGCGUCAGAAAGACGGAGCUUAUCCACCAAAGCUGCCUUGUCUGCAGACUACAAUCCCUUCUCUGUCCGACAUAAAAUCAAGUCUUUUGAAAACCUGGCCCACUUUGACAAACCUGUUGCUAAAAGCAGUGACAUUCAGUCUUUUGCUUUGACCUACAGAGCUUCGUUGAACCAGAGGAUUGCUGGUUACAUGGGUAUAGUCAAUUCUUCUGGUUCUGGUUCUAGGACCCGACAAAGAAGUUUCAGCUCUCAUGUGGAGAACAGAAACUCUGUAGCAACCUCUUCGUCUCUUCUCGCUAAACCUUCAUUCAGCAUUACAGACCUGGGCCUUGACUAUUCACAGAAGGGCUCUAGCACAGCCACUCCAUUGAUGAGCAGCCCAGGAGUGGAGGUUCCACAGACCCCUCCAGUGUUACGGAGGAAACAUGGUCGGCUCUCGCGCAGCAGGUCACAGCAGCUCAGGGCCCUCAGUAUGCCUGAACUAGAGAAACUAUGCACAGGGGACUUUCCAGUUGGGAAUGAUACAGCUGUGAAUGAAACAAACACUGACAGUCUAACAAAAGCAGCAGAGACAGGAAGUGCUCCAUCCUUUGAGACUGUGACGCAGGUGGAUUCAAACAGACUGAGCCAAGGCCAACCUGAAUCCAUGGAGAACGAGCCUCAAAAAACCCCAGAUACCAAGGCUGGAUGGUCAAUCAGUUUAAAAGAGUUGGUGACGUCUCCUGAGAGCCAACAUGAACUGCAGAAUCUCCUGCUUUCCCUCACAAUGAGGUCAUAUGUCAUGACCUUGAUUCAAAAGGUCAAAGUCCUAUCUGAGCAAAUUGGCGAUACUCAUCUUGUGGUCCUGAGUAAAGACGAAGGCUCAGGUCUGGGCUUCAGUGUCACAGGAGGAGUUGACCUUGAGCAGAAGGCCGUGACUGUCCAUCGAGUCUUCUCCAAAGGUGCAGCAGGUCUGGAGGGAACAAUUCAGAGAGGUGACAUUGUCGUGUCUAUAAAUGGUACAAGUCUGGAGGGUAAAACCCACGGAGAGGCUGUGUCCGGUCUACAUCAAGCGCGGCUCUGCAGUCAAGCCUUGGUUGUCAUUAAGAGAAGCAACGACAGUGAACUGAAGUCUUCAGACAGAGGAGACUCAGUCAGCCAUUCACAAAGUGAAUAUCAUACCAGAAAGACAUCUUUGGAAACUGCAGCAGUUGCAGAUGUUUCUUCAGACAGAGCUAAAAUGGCAGAGCUUUCUAAAGGGUCCUCAGGUGUGGGCUUCAGUCUAGAAGGAGGAAAGUCUUCAAGACAUGGAGAUAGGCCUCUGCUGGUGAACCGCAUCUUCAAAGGGGGCGCUGCAGAUUUCUCAGGUCUUAUUCAAGUUGGAGACGAGGUCCUUUCUGGCAAUGGGUGUUCUCUGCAGGGCCUAAUGCACCGGGAUGAUGAAGGACCCAAACAGCUCCUUAUCGACAGGCAAAGCACCAGACUUUAGUAAACACAUGGACAAAAACUCCGUCAGCUGUUCGUCGAUGAAGUCGGUAGCAGUUGGAUUUGUAAAUAUGUUGAAGACAUUGAAGUUCCCAUUCAGAAAAAAACUCCUUAAUCCUAAAGAGAGUGAAUCAUCUUGAGUGUUUAGAGACCUGUGAGAAUCUAUAAAGACAAUGGAGAAGCUCUCAGAAAACAGAAUGUGAAAUAGAUCAUGGACAAACAGCUGCGGUGGGAACGUUAUCGUAACUUUGUAAUUUAAAGCCUUGGCUGGACCUGACAUGAAAUAAUAUGUGAUUAUAUAACUGACUUGUUUUCUUUUAUGUAGUUCACAGUAGAAGCACCACUAUUCAAUGUCACUAUCAAUCUGAGUCUGACUGAAUUAUGUGCAGCGUGUUUACAGUAGAUUUACUUAAGAAUACUUAAGUAAACAUUGUGGUUUCAGUAAUAAAAAGACACAGAAUUCAGACCUGGAUGACUUAUAUAGAACACUCCAACAACUUUUCAGCUUUUCAGCCAGGAUCACCACCGCGGUGUCCACAUCAUGAUUUGUCACAGUUAAUAUUUAGAUUUCUCUUGGAAAUAAUACCUGUGAUCGAGUGAGUAUUUAGUUGUAUUGCCUGGUGUGUGUGAUUUUUGUGUAAAGUUGAAUUUGUGUGAACUUCCGAGGUCAACGUUAUGGAAUAUGUUAUUGUGUUUUUCUGUGUAUGUGGCGAGGAUGCGUGCGUUUGUGUGUGUCACAAAUGACCACUAGAUGUCAGUAGAAAUGCACAUACAAACGACUGUGCCCGAAUUUGGAACUAAUUUAUUAUUGUGAAUCUUUGUCUUAAUAAACUGCUCAAUGGUGUUCUUUAUACACACAGCGUUUAAACUAAGAAAUAUGACAUUUGGGACAUGUUUUUUAUUAUUAAAAAUUAUUAAAUAAUUGUAAUUAUUAACUUUAUGUACAGUGGAUGUAAAGGAACGUCAUCUAGAUAUUGUUUUUAACCUUUGCUUCCAUCUUUAAUGAGAUCCAUUAAUGGUUUGAUUAAAAGUCAUUCAAAAUCAUCUACAAAUAGACAAAAAAUAAUAAUAAACAUGGUUUCUCUUUACAUAUGCUCAUUCUUAUGGUAUCAACUUUUGAAUUAUUCAGUGCUAACCCCAUAAUUUGAUUGCAAUAAAGUUUAAAAUGGUUAAUUUCAGUGGUUCUAAACCUGUGGUAGGCAUUGGUGGUACUUUGGGAAUGUUUUAACUGCAUUGACAAACUAGAGGUUGUAGAUAAAAAAAAAAAACGUGGAAAAAGUGUGGAAAAUAUUGCCAUCAAAAGCCAGUAUGUUUACAUGUAUGUGUGUAGUUUCAAAAUUUGGUUGAUUUGGUUUUCUGGCUUUUGACGAUAAAUCUUAUUAGGUUUAAAUUCUCCUUUUUCUGCUACUCAGACACACAUAUUUCCAGAGGCGGUACAUGGUGUAAAAAGUUUGCAAACCACUACAUUUUCUUUUUCCUUUUUGCUUUGGUUUAGUGUCAUUAAAAUCAGAAAUUCCACAGUCCAGAGUUUUAUUUAAUUUUGUCCAAAUAAAAUAACUAAAAAUUGACGGCGUGUUACAGAAUGAACAUUUUUAGACACUGUGUCAUGUUAAAGAAAAAUAAAAUCUGUGAUUGAGAACUUCUCA